AUGUCUGUGAAAAGGGCUGAAGGACUGCUAGCACAAAUCCAGAUGGUCAAGCCCGAAGCUGAGAUGACUGAAGCGUGGGUGAUAAACGACAUGAAGUCACUGGGAUUGAUUGCUCAAGGCAUUGCGGUGGAGUAUUUCACCAAGAUUCGGUCGGCAACGACGGCUAUCCAGGCAUGGAUUACUUGCGUGAGUUCUACAAUCGCACGACCAUGCACAAUCGGGUGA